AGCGAGCCGGAGAGUAGGCGAGGGAGAGGAAGGAGGGAAGAAGCUCCGCGCUCGCGACAGGCGGACUAGGUUGAGCGAGCGCUGCCCGCGCGCAGGUUUCGAAGGCGCCGCGGGGGCGAGUCGCGGCGGGCCCCCCCCCUCUGGAGCGCGCGGCUUGUGCCCCUCUCGGAGAAGUCUCUCCUCCUGUCAGGGAAGAUAAGGAAACGUGCGAACAGUUGUCUCUUAAGAAAGGAUUCCUUUCUGACCGAGCUCUUACAAUGGCUGUGAACACCCUUUUUCUCUUGGUGUCUCCGGUACAUGGAUGCUGACAUGGACUACGAAAGACCUAACGUUGAAACCAUCAAGUGUGUGGUUGUUGGUGACAAUGCAGUGGGGAAGACUCGCUUAAUUUGUGCAAGAGCAUGUAACACCACCCUGACGCAAUAUCAGCUGCUAGCAACUCACGUUCCUACAGUCUGGGCAAUUGAUCAGUAUCGAGUCUGCCAAGAGGUUCUUGAACGUUCCCGGGAUGUUGUGGAUGAAGUGAGUGUUUCUCUCAGACUCUGGGACACAUUUGGCGAUCAUCACAAAGAUAGGCGCUUUGCUUAUGGAAGGUCCGAUGUUGUUGUCCUGUGUUUUUCCAUUGCUAACCCUAACUCCCUGAAUCAUGUGAAAACCAUGUGGUAUCAAGAAAUCAAGCAUUUCUGUCCUCGCACACCUGUUAUUCUGGUUGGUUGCCAACUGGAUCUUCGAUAUGCUGAUCUGGAAGCUGUAAACCGAGCCAGAAGGCCAUUAGCAAGGCCUAUCAAAAGGGGAGACAUCUUGCCACCAGAAAGAGGCAGAGAGGUUGCCAAGGAGCUUGGGAUACCAUAUUACGAAACCAGUGUAUUUGACCAGUUUGGCGUCAAGGAUGUGUUUGAUAAUGCCAUUAGAGCUGCCCUGAUCUCCAGGAGACAUCUACAGUUCUGGAAGUCGCAUUUGAAGAAAGUUCAGAAGCCUUUGCUUCAAGCUCCAUUUCUACCUCCAAAGGCACCUCCUCCGGUUAUCAAAAUCCCAGAGUGUCCCGUCACCAGUAUCAAUGAAGCUGGAUACUUAUUGGACAAUCCAUUGUGUGCAGAUGUCAUGUUUAUCCUCCAAGAAGAUACUCACAUUUUUGCUCACAAGAUCUACCUAGCUACCUCCUCUUCAAAGUUUUAUGACCUUUUUUUAAUGGAAUGUGAAGAAACCCCAGACUUACCUGAAACUCCUUGCAAUAAAGAAAGGGCCAGUAGAAGCUUUAUGGCCAGAAAAUGCAGCCUUGAAACAGAUGAUAGUAGUGAGGUGGCAACCUUAAAAUCUUCCAAUGCCAAACUCACGUCAUUAGCAGAUGGUGGUAACCCUUUAACAAGGUUAGAGCUUGAAGCAGGGGAAGCCAGUUGCCUGAAGCAAGCGCCAACAUUUUGGGGCAAAGGAUUUGUUAGCAUGCAUAGAGAAAUGCAAGUCAACCCUGUUUCAAAGAGGACUUGUGCUGUGACAGUGGUCAAGAUAGAUGCUUCUAUUCAGCCUGGUCCUUUUAAAACUGUUCUGCAGUUUUUGUACACAGGGCAGCUGGAUGAAAAUGAGAAGGAUCUCACCAGGGUAGCUCAGAUUGCUGAGAUAUUGGAAGUGUUUGACCUGCGGAUGAUGGUGGAAAACAUUACGAAUAAGGAAGCCUUCAUGAACCAGGAAAUUACAAAGGCUUUCCAUGUCAGAAAAGCUAACAGGAUAAAAGAAUGCCUCUCUAAAGAAACAUUUUCUGAUGUGACGUUUAAGCUGGAAGAUGGAAACAUUAAUGCCCACAAGCCACUACUGAUCUGUAGCUGUGAAUGGAUGUCUGCAAUGUUUGGAGGAUCAUUCAUUGAAAGCUCAAACACUGAGGUUGUUCUUCCCAAUAUAAACAAGACUUCCAUGCAAGCAGUUCUGGAUUAUCUGUACACCAAGCACCUAUCAUCCAGUCAGGAGUUGGAUACACUUGAAUUAAUUGCACUGGCAAACAGAUUUUGCCUCCCACACUUGGUUGCGCUUGCAGAGCAGCAUGCUGUGCAGGAGCUUACCAAAACAUCAGUGAGUGGUGUUAGCAUAGAUGGAGAUGUGCUGUAUGAUUUGGAAAUAGCCCAGUUCCACAACGCUAACCAGCUGGCAGCUUGGUGCCUGCACUAUAUUUGCACCAACUACAACAGUGUUUGUUCCAAAUUCCGAAAGGAAAUCAAAACUAAAUCUCCUGAUAAUCAGGAAUAUUUCGAGAGGCACCGCUGGCCUCCUGUGUGGUACCUUAAGGAAGAAGAUCAUUUCCAGCGUGUUAAAAAGGAAAGAGAGAAGGAAGACAUUGCACUGAAUAAACAUCAUUCAAAACGAAAGUGGUGCUUCUGGAAUUCCUCCACAGUCGUUGUCUGAGAGAAGGAGAGGCAAACCUAUCAACAGAGUGGCUUGGAAAACAUUUCUUUAGAGGAAGUCUUAUCAUGAAGGAGAGCACCUCAGUCCACUGAGAACCCUUCUUGUACCAGAUGCCAUUGAAGUAAAUGGGAGUUCAUUUCAAUGGUGCUUCCACAGAAGUUUCUGGUGGAUUGUGCAGAAGAUGUUUGGGGCACUUGUUUUUAUUCCACCUGUGUGCAUUUAUCAUCUCUAAGGUCAACAAGCACAAGCUCACCUGAAGUGGGUGUGAAACUGCUCCUUAAAAUGUCAAACGUUUGUAUUUUUGUUUGUUUGUUUGUUUAUAAGCUGAAAUACUGUAUAAAAUCAGUAUUGAUUUUCUUUUUCUUUCUUUUUUUUUAUACAAACCGACAACAAAUCCCAGCAAUUAAUAUUUCAGUCUCCAAAGUGGACAGUAUUUUUAUACAGUUGUGUAUGUAUGUGAAGGUCUUUAU